CGGAGAAGGGGGCGUGUUGUUAGCUGUUAGCCGGCGUGCUAAACUUGACUUUCACUUUCUGAAGCUGGGAUUCACUCAGCGGGAUGAACCGGGUUUCCUGGAAAACGAAACUGGACGCUGUCACCGCUGUCGCUGACUCCGUUUAACUUGUAGAUGUCGUUAUUUAACUCCCUUCGGCGGCGAUAUUGACAACUUUUAGCGCAAAGUUUCGCACCGCUUGCCGUUCAAAACACGCAGGUAGCUUUAGCGGCUAACCCCCCCUGCUAGCAUGGACGGCGGCGGAAGCAUGCAGAGUAAUGACGAGCGGGGCGUCGAGAAAUUAAUGGAUGACUACUUGAAAUCGAUCGGUUUGCAUCGGAAGAAGAUAGCCAAAGACGGGUCCUGCUUGUUUCGGGCUGUCGCUGAGCAGGUGCUGCAUUGCCAAAGUCUUCAUACUCAAGUCAGGGCGAAGUGUGUGGAGUUCCUGGAGCAGAACAGAGACAACUAUGAGGCGUUUAUUGAAGGUGACUUUGAAGAUUACCUGUGCAAGCUUCAGGAUCCACAGCACUGGGUUGGAGAGGUGGAGAUCAACGCCCUGGCUGCCAUGUACAAGAGGGAUUUUCUGAUCUUCCAGGAGCCCGGCAAAGCGGCCGUCAACAUCACAGGCAACAACUUCAAGGACACGGUGCUGUUGUGCUUCCUGAACGGGAAUCACUACGACAGUGUUUAUCCCAUCGGCCACAUUAAGAACACCGCGCUCUGCCAGUCCAUCCUGUAUGAGCUGCUCUACGAAGGCGUGUUUAAGGUUGACCGCAGCUGUUUGGGUUCCUGCCAGCGGGUCAGCCGACCUUCUGACCUCCUGAGCGACGACUGCAUGCCCGUCUGUGCCAGCAGCGAUGAGUCUGACCUGGAGACCGACGAGGCGCUGUGGGUGGACAAUGGAACCAGCUCGACUCCUGCGAAGCACAGUAACCAAAGCUACAGGGGCCGUGGGCGUGCUCGUCUGCUACCUGAGAGGGUGAGACGAUCUCUGAACCCAACGCUGCUCAGAAAUGUGGAGUAUGAUGUCUGGCACAAGACCAAGAGAGCCCAACAGAAGAUGGAUUACUGCAUCGCUGCUGGGAUGCAGUUCACUGUAGGAGACCGCUGCCAGGUUCGUCUCGAGGGCAGCAAUCGGCCCUGCAACGCCAUCAUCAAGGAGGUGCCGCCUGAUAACCAGUCAGUGAUUGUUUACAUAGAACAUCAGGGCAGGAAACAGGUGGUCCCUUUGUGGAGUCUCCGCCCUCCCAGCGAUGACAGCGGCUGGAGCAAGGUGGUCAGCCGCGACAAGAGGCUCAGCAAUGGGCACGGAGAAGAGUGGGAACUGAGGGGAAAAGGCCGAGGGAGGGGGAAGCCCAUCGCAUCGUCCUCUGGUUCUCAGGCAGCGGCGCCAGGCUCAGGGGGCCGCGUACUGAAGCAACACUCCUGGCCCCCGCAGGGCACCGCAGAGGAACAGGGCGGGGCCAAAACCAGCAGGAAGUCUGUGGACACGCCAGAGGUGGCGUUCGGCCUGACAGAAGAGCAGCGACUGGCCAAAGAGGAGGAGGAGAGGAACGUGGCGUUGGUGGAGAUCCAGCUCCGAGACGAGCACAGCUUCCCUGCACUUGGCUCUCAGCCGGGAAUGCAGGGGGAGGGAGGGAAGAGGAAAGGAGAGAAGAAACGAUCUCAGAGGAACAAGACGAAGAGUCCAGUUGAAGACAUCAGAACGCCGUCGCCUUCUGCCGGGGACAAACCCAAAUCCUCCACCCCGCCUCCUAAAGCCACCACUACACCCACAACGCCCGCUGCACCUGAUACGACUACACACACCAACCCCGCCCUUCCUGCCGCUAAACUUCCUGCUGACUCCACCCCCACGUGGCUGAGCUCCAUUAAAGCUUCGACACCAAGCAGCGCAAGCCCCACCGCCAAUCUGCCGCUCUCCUGUGCAGCCCCAACUGCUAAAACAAACACACCUUCCUACAAUUCAGCUGCUGUUGCGCCAAGUUCUCCUCCUGCUGCUGCUGCCUCGAGCACUAAACCUUCUCUAACGAGCGAAGUGCCACCUCCCUCCAUCCCAUCCUCCGCCUUCUCCUAUGUCACCCCUGUUCUCCCUGCUGCUUCACCCCCCUCUGCUUCCUCCUCUUCAUCUAAACUUCCCUCUGCUUCUCCUCUUCCUCCCAAACCAACCACCUCUCCCCCGCCUUCGUCCUCAGGUCCUUCUCCCACUUUCAUCACUCCCAUCGCUUGCCCACCCACAGCUGCAUCAGGCAUCCCUGCUGCCCGAUCCUCCCCACCUGUCUCUUCUUUCCUCCACUCCCCCACUCCACCUUCCUCCCCUUCGCUAAUUCGUCCUGCAGCUGAAGUCCAGAAGGCUCCACCUGCUCCAGCUCCAACCACAAAUUCUUUACCAAAAACUGGAGGCCCUCAUGUGGCAUGUCAGAUCUCCCAGAGCCAAACGCCUCUGUGCGAGGUCCAUCCUCAGGUCUCUUUGCCCCAAACCCAGACCUCUUUGCUCUCAACUGAGAAACAAGUGGAGAUCUCUCUACCCCAAAUCCAGACUCAAGGUCAAGCUUCCCUACCACAAAUCCCAGGCAUGGUGCCCCAGAUGCUGAAUGAACCACAGGAGCAGCCACAGUCCAGCACGGAGGCGCCUCCUCUGCCUCAAACCAACCUCCAGCCCCACAUUCAGUCCUUUCAACCCCCUGCAGUAGCUGCCUACCCACAGAGCUCCCAGGCCUCCCUUCCUCAUCCCCAUGUGCAGCCUCCUCACCCCUCCCAAGUCCCACAUCCCUCCCUUUCUCUCUCAGCCUCCACACUUGUUCCCGAGACUGAAACAGAGGCCACGUCACCUACACCUCAGCAACCCCACCCUGCACCUGAGUCUUCAGCUCCCCCUGCCUCAGAAAAGACAUCCCCACCUCACCCUUCUCACGCUGCUCCUCCUCAACCUCCGUCUAUUGCUGGAGCCGUCCCACUGCAGCAGAUAUCCCAGCUCUACCUGGACCCCCUUUACCCCGGAUUCCCCAUGGGAGAAAAAGGCGACAUGGCUCUGAUUCCAAACUAUUCUUCCAACAAAUCAGGGGAUGACCUGCCCAAAGAUGUUAACGUCUUGAGGUUUUUCUUCAACUUGGGUCUCAAGGCCUUCUCCAAUAACCUAUGCCCACCUUACUUAUAUCUCAUCCCCCUGCGUCAGGCCCAUGCCAUGCAGCCCAAGCCGCCUUCCCGCUCCCCAUCCCCCCACUACGUUCCCUCCAACCCCCCCACUAACCCACCUCUGCAGUACCCUUACACUUCAGCACCGGUGUCCUCUCAGUAUGAUCGCCAAGCCCCGCUCGAUGAGACCCCCCGUCCUAAUGAACCCUCGUUCAGCCAGCCCCGGUACUCCUUCAACCAGCCCACGGCCCCCAGGAUGCCAUGGCAACAGAUGCCCCCAUCACAAAACCCCAACUACUCAGUUGGUUAUCUUUCUCCACCUCCACCAUACCCGGGUCCCCCGCCUUCAUCUCAGGUUUACCACCCGGGUCAAGGUGCAGGAGUUCCAAUGUACCCCACAGCCAUGGCUCCAUACGCCACAUCCUCUCUGCCAUACCAGUCUGCAUCCACCCCCCAGGAGCUCCAGGUGAGCCAGGGGGUGAUGCAGCAGCAGCUUCAGCCCACCAACGGAGACACAAUGCCUGGCCACGGAAACAUCCGUGUCCCCGGUCCUCUGGAGAACCCUGCUGCUGCUAAUGUUACCAAUACUAACAACAACCGACCAGUGGUGGUUCAACCUAAUUAUGGCUUCAAGAAGGAGAUGGGAGAGAGUUUGACACGAGCAGUGCUGCUGGUGGACCCGCCACUUAACGACACACCUAUAGUCGCGCUAGUUCCUGACCUGCACAUCAAGGACAGCCCUGUGGUAACCAUGAAAGCCAGCAGCAGCAGCAGCAGCAGCCCUGGCUCUCCGUCAACUUUUCGGCCCCGAAAAUCGGUUCACUCCACCAUGUAUGAGCAAUCCCAGAGGGGCGGACACCUGAAGCCUAUCACCAUGGUAGACAAUCAGUCUGUGGGCUGCAGCACGGAGGACGACUGGGAGGAGAUGGAGGGGUUUAAAGCACCGGCGCAGAACCUGAGAGGACAGAGGAGGAACUACAGAGGGAGAGGAGGGAGAAGCUGGAGAGGACGAGGAGGCUACGAUCCAUCCAGGGAGGUAUACAGGGGUAGACAUGAACGAGAUGUGCCGAUGGGGUUUAACUAUGUCCCGGCUAACUCCGCCCAAAUGGGAUGGUCUCGUGAGAGAAGAUAUUAGCUCUGAGCCAAUGGAGGAGAGGACACAGGUGGUGAUUUAUUAUUAUUAUUUUUCUUUUUUUUUUUGUUUUCCUCUCUUUUGCUUUUCUCUGGAGAUCCUGCAGCCACGAAAAUGCCAUUGUGACCUGAGUCAGAAAAUCUGGAACUCCAUUCGUGUGUUUUGAUGCCAUUGAAUCAACAAGCUUGUUGUGGAAACAUAAACACUAUGCUUUUUUUUUUUUUUUUUUUAACGCUCAUUAGUGUUGCAUGUUAGCAUCUUUUUCAUAUCACUUAGACGAAUGGAAUCAGUGAAUGCUGAGCUCAGUUUGUUUACGGUAAAGUUUGCCACUGUGUUGACGUGACGAAUGUACGAGUUUCUUUACUAGUUGUAUAUGAGAUUUUGGGAAAUGUGUUUAUUAGCUUUCUUGUUGAGAGCUGACGCUUUCAUGUCUGUGCGGUAGCUGGCUGCGUAGCUUAGCAUAAAGCACUUGGAAAUUAGCUGUGACUGUCAUAAACAUCACUUCUGACAAUAAAACCAUUUUCUCUAA